AUGAACAGCAUCGACGGAUCGGCGCACUACGAAGUGGAGGCAACUGGCCAGACACCUUCACUUCUGACUCUCAUCAUUGAUACCAACCCUCGCGCCUGGGCUGCUCUGGAAGGCACACUCCCUUUCUCCAAGGCUAUAGCCAACAUUCUGGUCUUCGUCAACGCCCACCUUGCCUUCGGAAACGACAACCAAGUAGCCAUCCUCGCCGCUCAUUCACACCGAGCAGUCUGGCUCUACCCCCAGCCCCCCAAGUAUGGCGACCAGGACGGAGACGUCGUGAUGUCAGGGACCAACGGCGGCCAGAACGGCAUGACAACAGCCACAGCAUCAGCAAACAAGUACCCGCAGUUCGCCUCUAUCGAAACAUCGAUACUCGCAUCGCUGAAGUCUCUCGUGUCUGAGACAACUACAUCCGACCUGCCAUCCACCACGCUUGUUGCCGGCGCACUGACGACAGCCCUGUCCUACAUCCACAAGACCUCUCUCGCCUACGCGGCACCGAAACAGUCCUCCGAUCCCGCCAACCCCUCCACUGUAACCUCGGCAGCACUGCAGAACCCGACGCUGCACGCAAGGAUACUUGUCAUCUCCGUGUCCGACUCUGAGCCCGCGCAGUACAUAGCUACCAUGAACGCCGUCUUUGCUGCAUCGCACGCCCGGAUACCCAUCGACACCCUCUCCGUCUCACCCCACGCCUCGCCCACUUUCCUCCAGCAAGCUGCGUUCAUCACCAGCGGCUCGUAUCUAUCCUGUGCCUCCAACCCGUCCGGUUUGCUCACAUACCUCAUGUUCGGGUUCCUGCCCGACGCCGAAGCGCGGGCUCACCUCGUUACGCCCACUCAAGAUUCGGUCGACUUUCGAGCGGCGUGUUUCUGCCACAGGAGAGUCAUCAACAAGGGCUUCGUCUGCAGUAUAUGUUUGAGCAUCUUCUGUGAGGUACCCGAAGGAGCAGAGUGUUUGACGUGCGGCACGAAACUGGCUCUGGGUAAAUACGGCGCGAAGCCGGUGGUCGUUGUUCGCAAGAAGAAGAAAAAGAAGAAGAUCAAUGGCUUGACGGGUCGGGAAGAGACAGGAAGCGCAGCUGGAACACCCAUGCCUGCGUGA